AUAAAUUAUUAAAUUAUGGCUAAACGAUUAGUUAUUGUAAUCGCAGGAGUCACCUGUGGGGGCAAAACUACUAUAGCCAAUCGUCUGGUAGACAUAUUUAACAACAUUUCAAUAUUACAUCAAGAUGAUUUUUACUAUACUAAACAUGAAGACCAUUUGGAAAGUAUUCCAGAACUUAAUUACCAUGCAUGGGAUAAAAUAAGUGCCUACAAUAUGAAUGAAAUGAUGAUUGCAAUUGAUUCUCAAACUUCUAACAUCUUAGUGCUAGAAGGAAUUCUUUUACUUGAUGAUAUUAGAAUUUUAAAUUUAGCUGAUUUAAUAUUUUUUACUGUUUUGGAUAAAAAAAAUUGUUGGGAUAGACGUGUAACUAGAACAUAUUUACCUCCUGAACCACCUGGGUACUUUGACAAAUAUGCAUGGCCUGAGUAUGAGAAACAUUUUGAAAAGAUAAAAAAAAAAAGUAAUGUUAUAUUUUUAAAUGGGACUGAUAGUAUUGAUUUUAACACAUCUAUUAUUGUUAAUCACAUCAAUCAAUUAUUACUAAGU